AUGGCUGAUAUUCACAAAAUUGCUGACAUCAAUCCUACAAUCGACAAUUUGUGUGUACGUAUACGAGUGAUACGGUUAUGGACACUACCAAGUUACGAAAAUUCUCCAUUGCCAUACUCAAUUGAGAUGGUUUGGCUCGAUGAAGACGGAGGAAAAAUACACGCCUCAGUUAAGAAGGCUUUUGUGUCUCGAUUCGUGAAUUUGCUGGAGGAAGGAAUAUCUUACCAAAUAAGAUAUUUUGGUGUUGGACUCAAUAAGGGUUACUUCAAGACUACACAUCAUGAAUACGUGGUUAAUUUAAACCAACGUACUGAUGUGCACAGACUUCCAGAAUCGUCGAGUAUCCUACAAUAUGGAUUUAAGUUUGUGAGUUUUGACACUCUCAAUGCUCCUGGGUAUGAUUGCACCUAUUUAGUUGAUGUUGUUGGAUAUCUUGCUGGAAUUGGGAAUGAGAAGACUCUUGAAAAGGAUCUACCAAAUAUACUAAAAAUAAUGGAGUGUGCACUUUUUGGCAACUAUGCACAUGAAUUAAAUGCUUUUCUGGGAUCUGGCAAUAAGGAUGGAGCUGUUGUCAUCUUACAGUUUGUUAGAGUGAAGUUAUUUAACGAAAAGAUUGUUUUACAAAAUUCCAUGUAUGGCACAAAGAUGUUCUUCAAUCUUGAAGAUACAACGGUCAUCCAAUUUAAAAAUAGCUUUGUAAGAUUUGAAGAAUCUAGAGGUAACAUCGGCGGAAUUCCAAAUGAGGCUGCAUUCUUAAAAAUUUAUCAAGGCAAAACCAUCGAGCAGUUAAAAGAAUUCGAAACGCUUGGUGUCAUUGAUGAUUCUGACUGUGCAUGUUUUGUAGUCUUUGACAAGGAGGCAAAACAAGUUUUGGGAAAGAGCUGUGUAGAGAUACUUGAUCCACUCCUAUUGAAAGGAGAUCUAUCGGAUACACCUACACUUUUGCUCAACCUAAUUGAUAAGACCUUUCUCUUCAUCGUUGAAGUUCAAAUAUCUGAUAAUCCACAUUUUUCACCUUCUUAUAAAGUUAAGAAGAUGACUGAUAAUGUGGACCUCAUAAAUAAAUUCAAAGAGGCUCACCCUAUUCAAAUUGAUGUUGACUAUACCGGUGGUUUGCUUCCAAUUUCAAAGACAUCCUCAAUCAUUGAAGGGGAGAAAGUAGAAGGUGCUAAGAAUUUGUUGGUUGAAUUCUCCAAUGAAGUUGCUGCCAAUGAUGAAUCCGAAUUGUUGGAAAAUGUUAUUACACCAACUAAGCGAUUAUCCUCGGAGUCGGAAGAAUCGAAGGUAAAAGGAAAUUCGAGUGAUGGUUCCAAUGAUGUGCAUUUUCAAUCCGUGUUGUCGAACAUUACAAAUGGACUCAAUACAGGUGAAAAGGAACGAUGUUCCAAUAUCAGUGAUAUUAGUAAUUCAGGUAUCACAUGCGAAGCAUAUGAUAGCCCAUGUCAUCAGACAAGUCAACAACAGCUUCAACAAACAUCAAACAAUAUCGACCAGUUGCAAAGCCAGCAUUCAUUGGAGUACUCAAAUCGAAUUAGAUUGCAAAGGGAUGCAAGACUGAAUAGAAAGACUAUGCUACUUCAAAAGAGACAUGGAGCAAGUACAUCUAAUUCAAAUUUAGAUACUAAAGAAUUAGAAGAAGUGUGCAUAGCUGAAAAAGGAAGACACCUGAGACAAAGAAAAACAUUCUUGAAGGAAUUGGCUAUAAAUCUUUCAAAAAUUUUUGAAGAAGUUGAGGAUAUUACUGAAAACACGACUAUAUUAGAUGAUUCUGUGCAAAUUGAAUACCCAGCCAUAUUCGAUGUUGCUGAGAAUACAGUAUUCGAUGUGAUAGAUAUUGGUGACCCAGAAUUUUUUUGUCGGCAUUGCGACGCCAUGAUGUGGUAUGAGGAGAGAUCAGAAAAGUCUAAAACAGGAUCCAAUAUUGAGUUCUCAAUAUGUUGUAUGAGAGGGAAGGUACAAUUGCCGUUUUUGCAACGUCCACCUCAGCUCUUGCAAGGUUUAUUAUCUGGAGCAGACCAGAGAAGAAAACACUUUAAGGAUAAUAUAAGAACUUAUAAUAGCAUGUUUUGCUUCACGUCCCUCGGAGGUAAAAUAGAGACCUCUAUCAAUGAUGGGACAGGUCCUCCCCAGUUCAUUGUGAGUGGACAAAACUACCACAGAAUUGGAAGCUUGGUACCAAUUGAGGGACAAAGACCAAAAUUUGCGCAGUUAUAUAUUUAUGAUACAGAAAAUGAGGUCUCAAACAGGAUAGAGGUUUUCAGUUCAAGAACAAACAAUAACAACAUUGACCAGUCCUUAGUUCUAGAUCUCAAGGACAUGAUCGAUCAACAUAAUGUUCUUGCUCACACAUUUAGGAUAGUGAGAAACUACCUGAAUCAAGGAGAUAUCGCAAAUAUAAGACUACGGUUGUACCGAAAAAGAUCAAAGGAUGCAAGAGUCUACAAUUUACCAUCUUCUAACGAGGUCGCAGCUCUAAUAGUAGGAGAUUUUGAUUCUGGAGAUGCAGGGCGUGAUAUUAUAGUUCAAUUAAAGUCUGGACAUCUGCAAAGGAUUCAUGAGACACACACCGCAUUUAUUCCUCUUCAGUACCCUAUGAUGUUUCCUUACGGUGAACAUGGCUACCAAGAAGACAUUCCUUUGCGAGAAUCUCAUAGGGCUGAUGAAAAUAGAAAGAGACAGCGUGUGAGUUUAAGGGAGUUCAUAGCAUUUAGAAUACAAGAGAGAAAGGUCGAGUAUGCAACCAUUGUCAAUGGUGGAAGAUUAUUUCAGCAGUUCUUGGUUGAUUGCUUUUCUAUGAUUGAAGCACAAAGGUUGACCUACUACCGAAACAACCAAACCAAGGUGAGGAGUGAUAUAUACAAAGGGAUUCAAGAUGCAGUUGUUAGGGGUGAGACACGUGCUUCUAAAGCAGGUAAGCGUAUCAUCCUACCUGCGUCCUUCACUGGUGGCAUGAGAUACAUGUUUAAUAAUUGUCAAGAUGCUAUGGCAAUUUGUAAGAAAUAUGGAUAUCCAGACCUCUUCAUCACAAUGACAUGUAACUCAAGUUGGCAAGAGAUUGGCAGGGUUAACAAUCCAAGGAACUUAAAGGUUGAAGACCGGCCGGAUAUAUCGUGUAGAGUAUUCAAAAUUAAGCUUGACAUGAUAAUCUCGGAUCUUAAGCAAGGAAUUCCAUUUGGAGUGCUAGAUGCAGAGUUGCCAGAUCCUACUCAGCAUCCAAAAUUGUUUAGAGCUGUAUCUACAUAUAUGAUUCAUGGACCAUGUGGUAGAGCAUUCUCAAAAUCUCCCUGCAUGAAAGAUGGGUACUGCACCAAAUAUUAUCCCAAGACAUUCAGUAAAACCACAGUUAUCGAUGAUAGUGGAUACCCAUCAUAUAGAAGACGAGACACAGGGGUGGUUACUGAGAAGAAGGGAGUCCAUAUGGAUAAUAGGAAUGUGGUUCCAUACAAUGCAUAUCUACUGAUGUCUUAUCAAGCGCAUGUUAAUGUAGAGUACUGCAACAAGUCGAAUGCUAUCAAAUAUUUGUUCAAGUAUGUGAAUAAAGGUCCAGACAGGGUAGCAGUUGGAGUUACAAAGGAAGCUUCCAGUGGAGAGGAUGCUCAGGUUAUUGAUGAGAUCAAACAAUUCUAUGAUUGCAGAUAUUUGUCUGCAUGUGAGGCUGUGUGGAGAACCUUAGCGUAUGAUAUUCAUCAAAGGUGGCCUUCAGUGAUGAGAUUAACCUUUUAUUUGCUUGGAGAGCAAAAUAUCAUCUUUAAAGAUGAUGACGAUCUUGAAGAAAUCGUGGAAGAAGAGGAAGGAAAAUGUACAAUGUUCUUAGCAUGGAUGGAGGCCAAUAAAAAAUUUGAAGCAGGUCAAACUUUGACGUAUGCUGAGUUUCCAAAUCAAUUUGUUUAUGAUAGAGAAUCAAGGGUGUGGCAUCCACGCAAAAGAGGGUAUUCUAUCGGGAGGUUAAAUUAUGUUCCACCGGGUACAGGUGAUAUUUAUUAUAUGAGAAUUUUGUUAGCUAUUCAGAGAGGUUGCACAACAUAUGAGUCUAUUAGGACAGUUAAUGGAAUUACAUAUUCUAGCUUCCAAGAUGCUUGCUAUUCCAUGGGACUACUGUGCGAUGAUAGGGAAUUCAUUGCAGCUAUUAAUGAGGUAGCUGAACUUGCAUCUGAUCAUCAAUUGAGAAAAUUAUUUGCGAUGCUACUGAUAUCUAAUAGCAUUAGCAACCCAGAGCGUGUUUGGAAUGCAACUUGGACAUUAUUGGCUAAUGGAAUACUAUAUGAAAGGAGAAAAGCUUUGAAAAACCAAGGACUAAGCAUGACUGAUGACGAAUUGAAAAACCUCUGCCUUAUUGAGAUUGAAAAGAUACUCAACAGCAAUGCGAGAUCUUUAAGAGACUAUCAAUCAAUGCCAUAUCCUGAGAUGUCUCAUGUUCGCCUUUUUCAGAAUAAGCUAAUAGAGGAGGAGUUAGCAUAUGACACAAAUGAGUUGACUCAUACAAACUUAUAUACAGAACAAAAGAUGACUCAUAAGCAAAGGUUAGUAUUUGAUGAGAUACUCAAUGCUGUUGUUACAGACUCUGGUGGUUUUUACUUCGUUUAUGGGCAUGGUGGGUGUGGUAAGACAUUUAUUUGGAAUGUACUUUCUUCUGCUAUUCAGUCUAGAGGAAAAAUUGUUUUAAAUGUCGCAUCCAGUGGAAUUGCUUCUUUACUCCUACCUGGUGGCAGAACGGCUCAUUCUAGAUUUUCAAUACCCAUUACAAUUACUGAUGAAUCUACUUGCAACAUCAAGCAUGGCAGUUUGAAGGCUGAGCUGCUCAUCCAAAGUAGCUUAAUAAUUUGGGAUGAAGCUCCAAUGCUCAAUAAAAUGUGCUUUGAAGCACUUGAUCGGACGCUCAGGGAUCUUAUGUCAGUUACCGAUCAACAUAAGAUACAUCAACCAUUUGGUGGUAAGGUUGUUGUUCUAGGAGGUGAUUUCAGACAGAUACUUCCGGUGAUUCCGAAAGGAAGUAGACACGAUAUAUUGGCAUCCGCUAUUAACUCAUCCCAUCUGUGGUCAUUUUGUAAGGUUCUGAAACUGCAUACGAAUAUGAGGCUUCUAAUGUCUUCUUCGGAUCAAGAUGAAGGUGAAAUGAAGAGAUUUGCUAAUUGGAUACUUGAUGUUGGAAAUGGAAAUAUUGGCUCUGUUGUUGGUGAUGAAUCAGAAGUUGAAAUUCCAAAUGAUCUAUUGAUUACAACUACUGAUGACCCUCUCUCUCAUUUGGUAGACUUUGCAUAUCCAAAUUUGUUGCAAAACAUGUCAGAUUACAGGUAUUUUCAGAGUAGGGCAAUUCUUGCACCCACGCUUGAGAGUGUCGAGAAGGUAAACGAUUUUGUCUUGACAAUCUUUCCAGGGAUGGAAAAGGAGUAUUUGAGCUCUGACACAACAUGUCAAGCUGAUGAGAAUGAAGAUGUACAACAAGAGUGGUUCACACCAGAGUUCCUAAAUGACAUCAAAUGUUCGGGACUACCCAAUCACAAGUUGACUUUGAAGCCAGGAGUCGCUGUAAUGCUACUGCGAAACAUAGACCAGACUUCAGGUUUAUGCAACGGGACAAGAUUAAUAGUUAACGAACUUGGCAGCAAUGUAAUUGGAGCGACAGUAGUGACCGGUAGAAAUAUUGGAGAUAAAGUGUACAUUCCAAGAAUGAACUUGAUCCCUUCAGAUUCAGGAUUGCCAUUUAAGUUCCAACGGAGACAAUUUCCAUUGACAGUAUGCUUUGCAAUGACCAUUAACAAGAGUCAGGGUCAAUCAUUAUCACAUGUAGGGCUUUAUUUGUCAAAAUCAGUGUUUACCCAUGGACAACUUUAUGUUGCUUUGUCAAGAGUUAAGAGUCGCAGUGGCCUCAGGGUUUUAAUUCUAGUUGAAGACGGCAAUCCAAAGUCAUCAACAACAAAUAUCGUGUUCAAAGAGACAACUAACCGUGAUGGACAACUUAAUGAGUUGGAUGUCGUCAAAUGUGAAGUUGAAAGGUUGCGUUCAUUGACAAUACCAUUGACGUUUGAAAUCCCCAAAGAAAUGCUCGUUAAUGAAGAAGAAGCAAUGAUAAUAACAAUGGUUGCAUGCACAAUGACUCAUGAGAAAAAAAUUCGUUCCGAAGGUCCAAAGAUAUGGUUUCUUCCACCUAGGGUCUCAGAACAAGCACUUUUAUUUUGCUACCCACCAACAGCUGUGGUAAUAGACCAUUCAACAUAUUUAUCUGAUGUUAGCAGCUUAUCAAAGAUGAUUCAUGAACAAUUGCUCGAUGAGAGAUUAGAGGGUAAGUCAGAUUUGGAUGAAGUUGCAUAUCAACUCGGUGAAUUUUGGAUCUACUAUCCACAGAAUCUUCCACAACAAGAAAACUCGUAA